AUGGACGAGGAACAGUCAGAAUCUCUGCUCGCCCCGACACCAGAGUUCCUCGCAUCGGUCAAGGUCUUCCCGCUCAUCCCGAGCAUCAAACGAGAUGUGGAACUCAACUUGGUCUUCAUCGCAGACACGGCUUUAAGUUGGGAACAGCUGACAGCGUCAGAUAUCAAUUUUGCCAUAGUGCGACCGCUCGUUUUCAAAUACGCCAGGCUGGAUAACAUGUCCGCUGUGUACGCGUGCUUCGUGGUCCGCUCGCACUUCUUGUCAGAAGCAGAGCAAGGCCUCGCGUACUCUGGGGUGAUGCUGUCUCGCGCGAGCUUGUGUGAGAUCUUGGCCAUCAAGCUUCUUGGUACCUUUGCCUCAAGUCGGAUCCGAUUGGUCGCCGUCUUGACCGCAAGUUGGAGUCCGCUAGCUGGCGCCCCGCCCGAUAUUACUCAAGAAGUCAGAGGGCUUAUCGGCGACGACGAGCAGUAUGAUCCUCAGUGCGCGCUCGAGAUGGCGAUUGCCACUGAGGCGAAAGCAUUUUUGGCGUCACCCGUUGUUCAGACUAUUGUCAACGACAUCUACGCCGGGCGCGUAGUAUUCUCUAUGUCGUCCAAUCAUUCGGUAUUGGCCGACAACUACAAGCCUCGGGCCAUCGAGAUCUACGACGGUCGGAAAGCACCUUUCCUCGACCACUACAGACUGCGUGUGCCAAGAUAUGGAGCCAUCUUGGAGUUCUUGAAUUUUGCAUUGCUGUUGACGACCUUCCUUCUUUGCCUAUCAAAUCAACAGGUUGAAAGAUUGACUGCAUUUGAAAUUGUAUUCAUCAUCUUCGCAACUGCAUUCACUCUGGAAGAAUACACUGCUUCCAAAGAGCAUGGCUGGGGGACGGUGCUGACAGACGAUGUCAUUAAAACAGUCUACAUUGCAAAUAUGUGGAACGUCUUCGACACUUCCUUCGUAGUCGUUUUCCUCACCUAUUUAGGCUUUAGAAUCAAGGGGUUGGUCCACCAUGAUGUGUCUAACAAUGUCGUCGUGCUCGCGCUGCGCGCAAUGAUCGCGGAAUUUAUCUUCUUUGUGGGAAUUGCUGCGAUAUGCUUUUCAGGGCUAUUGUUCACUCUCCACAGUUUAGCCGCGGAUACGUGGAGCGUGAAGGCGAUAGCCUGGCUCAUGGUUCAGAUCUGGUUUGGAAACACAUAUCUCAGUUUCGGGCAGGCGAAGAGUUUCCAUCCUAUUUUCGGGCCGAUUCUGAUGACGGGUUUCGCGGCGCUGUCAAACACAUUGUUAUUAACGAUUCUGAUUUCUAUAUUAUCAAAUACUUUCGCACGAAUCGAUGCAAAUGCCAAGCAAGAGUCGUUCCCGACGUUGAUCGUCAUCUGGAUCUACGAGCGGUACCUAGCUCAGGGCCAAUGGCGCGACAACAGCCCCGAUGCAGCCAACAGCAUGUACAGUCGCUUCACGCGCAAGAUGAAGAGCCUGCCUCUCUUCGAUCUCUUAGGCACUCAUUCCACAGACAUAUACGAUGCCAUCUUUGACGUGGAGAUGUCUCAUGACACCGAUAUAUUCUUUGACUCGGAAGAUGAGAUGCCUGCAAGCCACUUCCUCUCCUCCCAUGACAGCCUGCAUUUCCCCCCUUCGCAUGGGACGGCUCCGCAGACGGCCCCUAUCCCCCAAUUCGAGUCACCGACGCCCAGGAUUCGACGGCAUGCAAGUCUUCCACGAUCGACUCUCCUGGGUAGGAGCAAGAGCAGGCGGGAUGGGCUUUCUCCGAGCGUGUCGCCCAGGUCAAGGAAAAUCACCCUGCCUGCAAUGGCCUCGUCCACUUCUGGCGAGAUCCCAACCAUCGGUCCGCACAGUCCGCUCAGCCGGCUGUAUUUAGGUCGCAAUAAUGCAUCCGCGACGCAACUGGAUCGUGUCAAUUCAGCGGCGGCCAGGGUGGAGGCACUCCUUGAGGACGUCCGUGGCCUACCCGUCAACCGGCUGAAGGAUGAGAUGAAGGAAUUGCAAGACCGACAAGCUCGCAUCGAGAACCUGCUGCUUAUGCUCACGAGAGAUGGCCUUGGCGACGACGGCGGGACGCCGCGCAAAUAA